AUGGCGAGAUCGGAGAAGAGCAAUAACAUGGCGAAAAAAACAUCGCACCGCAAGAAGAAAGUCGCGAAAGCUGCGCGGAACGCUGUGGCACAGAAAAAUGACAAGGUCGCGAAGAAGACGAGACGAACUCCAGCUGUAAUUGAGAAAAAACGACGAGGCAGGAUCGAAGAAUCGGACGAAGAGGAGGUACAGAGGGCGCCCGAGAAAUUUGACGAAAACGCCGAGUGGGAGCUUGAGGCGCUCGGCGGACUUUCACUCGCUUGGGGAAGACGAAAAGUCCGACGAGAUGAUGGCACUAUGGCAAUUCAACACUACUUAAAGCCAGAGGAAGAGCAUCGAAUCUGGGUCAAGUGGACCGUCGCCUACAGUGAUGGCAAAUGCUGGUCGGCGGAGAAACAAGAAAACCUGGUGGGAGUCCUGCCGGAGAACAAGCGGAAGGCCCUGGAGGACCGAAUGAUUUACCCCUAUCCAUCCCGCCACGAUGGUCCCGACUCUGGCUGGCAAGAACGAAAGGCGAUCUGCGAAGUUCUUGGUUACAUUCCCUGGCGGCCAAGAAACAGAACAAAAAGUGCCAAGUACAAGUUCUUCCCGGCAACAGAGAUGCCCGACGCUCAGCCCGAAAUCGACGACACCGAAGAAGAAGAGUCGGAUGAAGAGACCGACGAAGAAUAG